AUGACCAUGCCUCCAUCCUUCCCAGCCCCACCACUGCACCCGAUCUUCAGGCCAGCGGCUCAUCUCAUCCCUCCCCCAGGCCAGCCCCUGGCUCUAAGCAGUGCAGUCUCUCUCUUUGCUGUUCUUAGUAAAGAUCACAUUAUUCUGACUUAUCAGAAUUCACAGUAUGAAAGUCAUGUCUCAGCUUCUGCAGAUGUCUUAUCUGCUCAGAUGAUUCUUAAGUGA